GUUAAAUCCUAUUUUAAGAAGAUAAUUCUUGCAAAAAAAUUUAGCAUUUUAAUAUUUGAAAAUAAAAUAUUUGACCUAAAUGAGAGUCCAAUUGAAUUUUAUAUUUAAGAGAAAAAAAUCCCUCCAGUUCCUGGUUACAGUGACUCAAAGACCACGUGACCAGCGCAGUCCUAUAAAUACUUUUGAGAGCAAAGGAGGGUAGAGUGACAUUGUGGUCGGAUACCUUCCCAAUCUCGUGCGUAAAAGCUGUUUGGCGAAGACAUUUGGAUAACCGACAAGAAGUAGCCUGACGUGAUCCCCGCGCACGGAACGAGACACUGACCUGUCGCUUUGCGCGCGUGACAAUCCCCAAGUUUUGGUUCCUUCGGCCUUGACAGAGCGGCGGCGGGAGGCAGGAAGGCGCUGGACGCACAGGUCAAAGAGUUUUCUGUCUUUCUCGUUGAUUCUAGCCAUGCGCGCGUGCGUUAGUUGGAGAUAAAGCUGUGUGGUUGCAGGGAGCAGGGGAGAGUGCGCGCGCGCUCCCGCUCUGAAGCACGAGACAGGGAAGGAUGACUUUGGGGACGGAUAUGUCCGACAGCUCUGCUUUGUCCGAGGACGUGGACAUCGAUGUGGUCGGCGGGGACGUGACGGUGGGGAAGGACGGGACGUUCAUCCACCGGGAGUACGACUCGGACGAGCACGCGGCCGACGGGGCAGCGUCUCCCGCGGAGCCGCCGGGAGCCGGCGCGGAGGCAGGCGCCGCGAGCGCCGACAAACCCCGGAAAAGCGCGCUGGUGAAGCCGCCCUACUCCUACAUCGCGCUGAUCACCAUGGCGAUCCUGCAGAGCCCCAAGAAGCGCCUGACGCUCAGCGAGAUCUGCGAGUUCAUCAGCAACAGAUUCCCCUACUACCGGGAGAAGUUCCCCGCGUGGCAGAACUCCAUCCGCCACAACCUGUCCCUGAACGACUGCUUUGUGAAAAUCCCGCGGGAGCCCGGGAACCCCGGGAAGGGCAACUACUGGACCCUGGACCCCGACUCCGCGGACAUGUUCGACAACGGGAGCUUUUUACGCAGGAGGAAACGCUUCAAGCGGCACCAGAGCAACGAAAUCCUCAGGGACUCCGGCGGCUUCCUGCCGGGCUUUGGAUACGCGCCAUACGGAUACAACUACGGACUGCAGCUGCAGAACUUCCACGGCGCGUACCACCCGCACCCCUCGGGCGGCUCCUUCCCGUUCCCAAACUCCCACUGCACCUUGCCCGCGUCCGCCUCCAUCUUCCCCGCGCCGCACCACCUCCCCUCCCUGCUGGGGGCCAAACCCUUCUACCCCCAGCUCAGCCCGUCCCUGCCGCCCCUCAAGACGGACUCGAGCGGCCCGACCCGGCCCUCGUUCUCCAUCGACAACAUCAUCGGGGCGUCCAACUCCAGCAGCGGCGCGUCGUACGGCGCGCACGCGGGCGGCCAGGCGCAGAUCCUGGCCAUGCUGACCCCGGCGCUGAACUUACCGCCGGAGAGCGCGCCGCAGACGCAGACUUUUCCCACCAAAAAUAUCAACACUUGUCCUUUCUGAAGAUUUUUCAAAUUGGGAACUAUUAAUAAUGAGAAUAAAACAAUAUUUUGACGUCGUUGUAAAAUAAUUGGAGACGAAAAACUGAAAAAGGAGCUUAUUUAUGGGUUGUACAUAGGGAGAAAAAACAGGAAAAAUGAUCUUGUUUUGGUUCUGCGGCCUCCAUUCAAACACAAAAUGAAGAUAUUUAAAGUUUUCAGUGACGACUUGGAUUAUUUCCAUUUUUAUAAAUAUAAUUGAAGCUUUCUAUUGUGUUCUUUUUGGGGAAAUGGCACUGUUGUUGUUGUUGUUGUUGUUGACAUAGCGAGGGCAAAAACUCAGGUUUUGACUUAGAAAGCACAUGAAAACCCGCCAAAAGGGUUCUGAAAUUCAAAUAAUCAUAUUAAUAAUAAUAAUUUGGGCCUCCUUUACGGUGAACUUGUGACUCUAUCAUUUCAUGUUGUGAUCUCAGAGCCUUUUACUGACAGCUGAACCUGUGAAACAUCCGGUUGUGUCAUGUGUAGAUAAACGCUUCAAUGUUUAUAGGUCAUUUCUGUUGUAAUGAAGAGAUUAAUAAAUGUUUGUGAAUUCAA